ACACAUGUACCUUAUUGUAUUCCACUGUGAUUUUUCUAUGCUGAUACGCAAGACGAGCUUCGAGUUCAGUUCCGCUUUAGUCACCAACCAUAUCGGAUGUGCGAAACGGAGGCCGGGUAUGUUCUUCUUUCAUGCCAACAUUGAAAAGUUAUGUGUGGUGGCUCUUUUGAAAGAAAACAACUACAUCCCAGUGUCGAUGAUAUUUCGCUUGAAUAUCGCUGGCAUUCUGAGCACGUUACCCCCCAAAAAGUGACUUGGGACAGAGAAAUUUAAUACCAUUCUCCAUCAUCCUUUUUCUGCAAAAAUAAAAAAAAACGUUCGAUAGAAAAAAUAAGGAAUAACACAAACGUUUCGGGACUAAGGCAUAUUACUAAAGUAUCACGAGGAUUUACGUGGAGAAAUGUGAUUGUGAAUAGUUUUUUUUUAUUUGUGAAAGCCGUGGGCAGAAAGGGCAGAAAAAAGAAUCACAGGACUCCCUAUUAAUCAUAAGAGGAUUAUGCUGUGUGUGGAAGAAAAGUAACGAAAAAAAAUUUCUGUGAGAUCUUUUGGUUUGUUGUGGUUUAAAUAAAAAAAAGAAGGGCAUUUGAAUUUCCUUCUUGCUUUAUUUUUUUUCUGUACAACGUGCCACUGUGAAUUACCCUCACGUAAGGGUGGUAGAAAAAAAAAAGGUGGGGAAGUUCUAAUUUUGGAUUACCACACACAUUUGUUGUGGGGCAAAAAAGGAUAAUGGAUAAAUGCUGAAUAAGACGAGGAGGUACACACCAUUGGAGUUUACAAAAGAGGAAAAGUUAGACAUUGCUCCACGUUUUUUUUUCACGAGGGGGUUGCAAGAAGAACUUUCCUCAGCUAUGAUAGCAAUCUGAGCUGAGGUGUGGGGGAUGAAUGUGCGUGUCUUUUAAUCAUUAUCUCCAAAUUUGUGGAGGGAGCAAGAGAAGAGCAUAACUCGGGGGGAACUAUGUUGGGGGUGAUCAGUAGUGUGAGUGUGCGGUGUAUUGGUCGGUGGACACUGAUGGAGUGUUGAUAGAGUGGUCAGCAAUGGGUGGACUGUGUGGCUACCAUUGAAAAAAUUGUUGCACCGCUGAAGCGACAAAUUGAUACUGUACCAUUGAACUGAUGAGAUGCAAUCUCCACCACGUUUCCGCUGUCCCACCAAUUUACCUUAGAGAGACAGGAGGAUGUGCGCGUUGUAUGUGGCUAAACUUACUCCAUAGCAGUGCGUGAUUGUUACAUUGAGAAAUACAAACCCCUCGAAUAGCACACACACACACAGUUUGGAUUAAUGUGGAAUGCAGACUUCCAGGUGGUGCACCUAAAUAACACCUGAAUCGUGGACUGUUACUACCCCCGUGUGCAUACAUAACUAAAACAUCCCCCAAAAACCAGGGGGUGUGAGUGUUGCAACAGUGGUUGUUCCAAAUUUUCGGGACGUUAUACAACACAGCAGUUGUAGCAUAGUUACCCACUUAUGCGUGGGAAUGAUGAUAAAAUUGGUGAUAAUGUGAAUAAGAUGAGGUUGGUAUAGUUUGGGGCAAAACGUAUAGGAGGGAAUAUUUGAAUGUGGCUUUGGAUUAUUUGAUCAGUUUGUGUGGAAAGAGUGUUCUGCAGCACAAUGUUAUUAUUGCGGAUUAACAAGGGCCAUUUGGAUGCUUCGCCUGCAGUGUGCAUUUUAUCGUCCAUCCUCUUGGUACCAUUUAUUUGGAUGUCGACGCUCAUGGGUGGUGCAUCGGGACGCGGUGAGGGCCUAUGCCCAGCAGUGUGUGCAUGUAAGUGGAAAGGUGGAAAACAAACUGUCGAAUGUAUCGAUCGUGCCCUGAUUACCAUACCUGAGCAUGUGGAUGGGUCCACGCAAGUGCUGGAUAUGUCUGGGAAUAAUCUGCAAAUACUGCCUCAAGAUACCUUCGUUAGGACGGGUCUGCUAAAUUUGCAGAGAAUCUAUUUGCGUAGCUGUCGCAUAGGGCAGAUACAUGAUUUUGCAUUCCGUGGUUUAACCAAUCUCGUUGAAUUGGAUUUAUCACACAAUCUCCUCACGGCUGUACCAUCGGUGACCCUUAGUCAGAUACCCUUAUUGCGUGAUUUGACUCUGGCAAAGAAUCCCAUACAGAAAAUUGAGGGGCAUGCCUUUACGACUGUACCGCAUCUCGUGAAGCUGGAUCUAAGUCACUGUGACCUGCAAACGGUGGCACCUCAGGCAUUCGAGGGCCUCCGCCUAUUGCACGCACUUAAACUCAACGGGAACAAACUCAUCGAACUGCGACCACACACCGUUGAGACGCUAAGUCGACUCCACGGUGUGGAGCUCCAUGAUAAUCCAUGGGUGUGUGAUUGUCGUCUUCGUGCAGCCAAGAUAUGGCUCACGGAUAACAAUAUUCCCUACCCCGUUGCACCUGUAUGCACAGGAGGACCCGAACGUGUUCUCGAUCGCACCUUUGCCGAACUCACGGUGGAUGACUUUGCCUGCCGGCCCGAAAUGCUUCCCGUGAGUCGGUACAUUGAGGCAACAACAGGUGAGAAUGCCACCAUACACUGCCGUGCUGAUGCUGUACCCGCAGCCACGAUUAAUUGGUACUGGAAUGGGAGACUUCUCGUGAAUAAUUCAGCAUUCAGCUCCUACCAGAAGGUACACGUCUUCGAGAUGGGGCAAUUUGAGAAAACAUCCCGCCUGGUGCUGACUAAUGCCCAGGAAACGGAUUCCUCGGAUUUCUACUGUGUAGCCGAAAAUAGAGCUGGCACGGCUGAGGCUAAUUUCACCCUUCACGUAUCAAUGCGUCAAGCUGGCAUGGCGACGCUAGGAAGUGGUCAGAUUGCUGGCCUUAGUGCUGCCCUUGUUAUCCUAAUUCUCUUCAUACUCCUCAUCAUUCUCUUCCUCUUGGUGCGCCUACGACGAGCCCCAUUUAUCGACACUAAAACCCCCAAUCGUCUCGAUACCGUCAUCACGAGUGUCGGUGGGAACAAUCAAAGCAAUAGCAACCUCAAGGCGUGCACGCAGAAUAGUGUAAAUGACGCCGCGGCGGGAAAUGAGAGGACCCUCACGCAGGACAUUAAGCACACGAAUCCUGUACAGAAACCCCCGAGGUUGUCGGACAUUUCAUACUCAACAACCCACUAUGAUCCCAAUGGAAGCCUUAUAGGUGGUCCUGGAUCGUGCUUUCUCUCCCCAACUGCAUCCGCGGAUAACAAUCCCGAUCUCAUUAAUGACACAAAACAACUCGAAAGUGGAGAUUUCCAGCUUGGGGAGCAGCAGCUGGGUACGACAUCCCAAGCUGUGUUGCAGCAGCAGCAGCAGCAGACUGAGGUGGUAGCGGGUGAUGCCAAGGGGGAGCUUUUUGAGCGUCCUGGCAGUGGGGAGUACAGCAGAAUGGGGUGUGAUAGCCUCUACCCAAGUGGAUUGUGGGAAACAUCCUCCGGUCUACCCCCAACGGAGGAACAUUUCCUCAGGAGGACCGCAGCUGCAACAGGAGGGCACCCCUAUGUGUAUAGCGACAAAACCCCAAUUAUGGGCGGUAGCAGUCAUUCGAUAAAUUUCGAUGACGCCGAGAGGGUUGGAUUUCAGGGUGGUGGCGGCAUCUCAAAUGCCACAGUGAGAAUGGUGAGUGAUCCAACUGGUGUCAACACAUCGCACAACGAGUGCACAAAUGCACUUGGCUACCCAGCGGACUAUGGACUACCAAUUGGUGGUGGCACCAUUGAGCGGAAUCAUCCAAAACCACCGCAUGGUAUGCCAACUAAUGCAAAAACAAUUAGAGUGUGGCAGCGUGGGGGUGUCCCCGUUCUGCCACCCGUCACAGCUGCACUCAAGAGAGCACUCACGAGCAACAGAAAUUCCCCGGAUGAGGGCUACCAAGAAGGAUGUGGGACGGAUGUGUAGUGGACACGAGCCACCAACACCACCCGCGGGCGGCAUCAGCGGGGGAGGUUCACCAUUCUUUUGUACGCUGCACCAACCACCAAAAUGACCUCCACUGCUGUGUGACCCAUGUGGCAAAAAGUGCUAUGAUAAUUUGCGAUAGGAGACCUAACAAUGUGAGUAAAAUGUAGAUUGAGGGGGAUACAUAUGACAACAAUAUUUAUACAACAACACACAUGAAUAUUUAAUGAGAAACGAAGUUCUUUUUAUUCGACAUUUAGACUCUGAAGGGGUGAGAAUGAAAAUCCAACUAUAUUUAGAUGCUUAAGGAUUGCGAUAGUUUACAAAAAGAAAAAAUUAAGAAGAAAUCAAUAAAAUAAGAGAGAAAGAAAAAAAUGAAACGUAUGAGGAGGUUUGAGGUGAUUUUUAAUAUUAAUGGAUACGAAAAUGAGAGAGAGAAAAAAAAGUAUGUAACAUAGUACAUGGAUAAGAAUAGUCGUUAGUGAAAUAAAUUCUAUAUUUGGUAUAUAAUGAAGAGAAUGAUAGAGCUAAAACGUGCUGGAGAGAAAAGUGGAGCACUAAUGGAGGAAGGAGCAGUGUUUCAAGUUAGAAUUUGUGGAGUACAUAUGAAUUUGAUUUUUCAUCAAAUUUCCUUGAAAUUCUCCUUAUAGAACAAAUUAAAUAAUUCUAAUAAAAUGCGUGAGGAUCAAAAAGUUAAAUUGGAUUUAAAUUAAUUCUAAUUCAAUUUGUACAAGCAAUUAAAUUAAAUUAAAUUAAUUAUUUUGAUUAAAAAGCUUUUUCCUUAAAAAAAAAAGAUUUUAAAAUUGACUAUUUCACAGAAUUUAUUAUUUGAGAAGUGAAAAAGAACAUUUAUUUUAAGUAAAGUAAAACGGUAGAGUCAUUUUAGGACAUAUGAGACAUAGAUAAAUGAUUCAGAAUAAUGGUCUUCUAUAUGAAUCGUCAAGUUAGAAAAGAAAAUCUUUCUUUGGAAAAUUUUGCAUUAGUGACGUAAAAGUUUUUCCUUCUUCCUUCACGUCUUUUGAAAUUCAAACUAAUACUUUAGUUUAUUUUUUUGUAAUGUUAAAAGUUACCGAAAAAUAACAAAACUAAAGAAUUAUGUUUGAAGCGAAUGAAUAAAAAAAUUAAGAAAAAUCGGUUAAAUUGUGAGAUUUAUUGGGUUAGUUUUUCUCAUAAAAAAAACCGAAUCUCCUCUAUUGAAAUUUAAAGACAAAUAAAUUUUAUUAUGUUUGUUGUAACUAUAUAUAAAAUCGUACAUAUCAAUUCCUAAUUACAGAUCUUUGAAGAUAAUAUAAAUCAAACUUAAUCUUAUUUGGUUUAUAUCCUGACUUUCUCAGACAUAAUAAUAAUGAAUAUCAGAGUAAUAAAAUAUGCUACAAGCAUAUUGCAUAUCAUGUUUUGACAUAAUUUUCUUCUAGCUUCAGACAACAAGUUUUAGUAAUUUAUUAUGCUCAGUUUCGUUGUAUUUUAUUAAAUUUUUUUUUCUAAAGAUUAUGCUGAAGAGUUAAAAAUCAAUAAGGGCUCUAAUUGAGCCAAAAAAGGAUCAAUCGGAAUGACCAAUGAUUGAUCAAUAAUUGAUAAAUCAAUUGAUCCAGUCAAUUAUUGAUCAAUCUCUCGACAAUUCUGAUUGCUCAAUAAUUGAUCAUCUAUGCGGACUUAUUGACCAUCGAUUGAUCAAUUAUUGUUCUUCAAUUAUUUUACCAAUCAUUUGGUCAAUUUAUGUUCAAUCAUUGAUCAAUCGAUAUUGAUAGUAUCAACAUUGAGUCAAUUUCAACUCAAUCAAUAUUGAUCAUGGAUUGAUCAAUUGUUGAUCAACUAUUCUUAAAAAUUUUUAUCAAUUUAUGCUCAAUCAUCACUCAAUCACGCAAUUUCCGGGCAAUCAUCAGUCAAUCAAACUAAAUACCUCUAAUCUUAUGAUUUUCCCAAUUUGCAUAGAAAUUGCAAAGAAAAUGAGAAAAAAUGAAUUUUCUGUUAUCAAGAAAAACCCAUAAUGAUUUUCCGAAACUUUUAUCGAAACAUUUUCUUAUAAAAUAAAUUAAAGAAAAUCUUUUAAUUCUCUUCUAUUUUUUUUUAUUAAAUAAAAUUAAAUGAAUGAAAAGUUCAAGCGUUCACUCCUAAAACGAAAUAAAUUCAAUAUCAUUGCAUUAUAAUUAUGUUCAUUAUGUGCUCCACUUUUUCUACCACUCAAUUGAGAGAAUCAUGAGAGAAUUUACUUAGGUAAUUAAAAAGAAAAUUCCCAAAGAGAGGUGAACUUAUAGAGAGGAAUCUACUUGAAAAUAUCAAAAUUAAAAAAAAAAUGAAGAAAAAAAAUUCUUAAAGCAAUUUUGUUUGAGAAUAAACUGGGCAUUAAUAUUGUUAUCAAAUUGCUGGGACUGAUUUCCGAGAGAGAACACAAACAAGUGAGUUAUUUACCAAAUAUCCUAAACAUUAAUUGCAUAUCAAGAAUGUCGUUAAAGAUGUAUUUUUGCUGAUGUUUUAUUUGCCAAAAAAAAUAAAUGAAAGAUGAUGAUAAAAAAAUGCGAGGAUCUCCUAAAAGAAAUAUCUGAAUGAGAGAAAUGUAACAAAGAAAAAAAAUGAAGAAGAAAAGACUAACGAGACUGAACAUUUUAGAUAUGACAUCAGCUCAAAGAAGAGAAUAAGUAGAGGUGAACAAAUGAUUCUGAAAGGUAUUUUAGACAGGUGAAUUAAUUUCUCCGGUGAAUACGUAAAUUGAUUGAAUGAACAGUGGGUGGGUUAGUUGCCUUUUUGGUUCUUCUUUUUUCUUAUCCUAAUAUAUCUUUCCUUUCGUAUAAAAUUUCAUCAAGAGCAGCGUUAAUAAUUGCAAAUUAAUUAUUCAGUGCGAGGACUUAAGUCUCUCUCUCUCUCCGUCUAUUUUUCAAUUAUUAAUUCCACAUAAUCCCUGCGGAAAGAUUGCUUGAAAGAAUGCCAAUCUUCAUGGUCAGAUUCUUCGAAAAAUGUAGAUCGUUUCCAUCUCCGUCUUGUAACUUUUUCGCACACCCAGAGCACAACAUGAAUUAUUUAAAAGGUGAAUUUGCGUGAUAUUUUUUUUGUACAAUAUUCCAUCACAGAGAAAUUUCUCGCGGGUGUAAGACGGGAGAAAUUUUUUUUUUAGAAAUUUUCCAUUGUUAAUUAUUUCAAAAUGUGAAGCAGGAGAACCCAGAAAUGUACACCACUAGACGAGUUGUAUGUAUGUUUGGUGUUGUAUGCUAAUUGAAAGGCGUCCAAUUCGUUUAUUUUUUUAUUUCGGAUUUUUCAUGCUAUUCGUGGUGGAAAGUAGUAUAUUCCGUCUGCAAUUAAUUCUCGUGGGCAAUUCUACAAAUUCGACCAACCGGAAGGGAUUUUGCAACAACAGAGAGAUUUUGUUUGCUAAAGCCAAAAUCAACAUGUUCUCUUCUCUUCGCGUGGUGCGUGGUAUAAGGCUAGAAUGUAUGGAGGAAGGUAUAUUAUGGAGUGGUCACAGUGUGAAGUAGAGAUAUGUGCCAAAGACACGCGAUACAUUCUCGCUGUUUUAUUUGCUUUAUUUUCCGUUUGGCAUUUUGCAUUGGAAACCUGACACUUUGAGACAGGAACAAGGAGACGCCCAAAGUACCCUACCAAGCCAUAUAUAUGUACAUAUGUAUACCAUGUGGCACGCGGGGGGAGAUGGCGAAAGACAGGAGGAGAGCUCCUGCAAAAGAAGGGGGGAUUAUGUGACGAGGAAGGGAGUCUUCUUUCUCACCCAAAAUAGCAUAAGCCGAGUAACAUGUGGUUGACAUAGGCAGGAAAAUCCUCUUUUCCAUUCUCUGUCUCUCUUUUUUUCCCUUCUCCCAUACAUACAUAUAGCGCCCAAAAGGCACGAAGGUAUCAAGCGCAAUUAUUGGAUUUUUUUUACUCUCGCAAGCAUUGACUUGUGGGAUUAUAUUGAUUGAAAAAUAGCAUUAUGAAUUUUUUAAAUACGCUUUAGCCCAGCUCUUUAGAGGGGAUUGUGAGAUGAGGGGAAUGAUGAAUGGCAAACAAUAUACCCCGAAAUACAAUACUCAGCUCAUAUUUCACAAAAAUUCUCACCACAUGGAUUUUUUUCUUUGCCAUACAAGCGCUUUUUCCCCGGGAUUCAUUUCAUUGAAAAUUAAUACUCUGCUAAAUUCAAUUUGUCAGUCAAUGUUUUUAUUUUCAUUGAAAAUUGCUACGGAUGUGAUUUUAUGUUGCAAAAAAAAUUAAGAGAGAAGAAAAUGAUUUCCUUUCUUUAAAUUCUGUGGAAGAAAUUUGAUUCACUUCAAGAAAUUCUUCUUUUGAUAUUUUUUUUUAUAUAAAAUCUAUUUCAUGAGGAUUAAGGAUAAUUUCUCUUUUGAAUUUUCUUUAUAAAGAGAAAAUUAGUGAUGAUUUUUUGCCUUUUUUAACUUCAACAUUUUCACACAUUUCUAACGCAAAAAUGAACAAUAAUUUUCUUGUACUCAAUCAUGUGAUAAAUUCGGAACAUAAAAGUGGGUGGUUCAAACCGAAAUAGUACCAAAGUUCGCACAUCGUUGAAAGUUUGUAUUUCAGCAUCACUGAUCAGGUGAAAUUUGAAAACAUUUUUAUGGCUUUCUGAAUCGCCAUAAAAUCUCUUUGCAAAUUCAUUGUUAUUCAUUUUCAAUUAGCAGUAAAUAUUCAGGGAAAACGUGGAAAAGCUGAAAGUCUUGCUAAUCAAAAGGCAUGAAGAUGUUUCCCUUUUGUUUCAGACUCUUUUUUGAAUUUAAAAAAAAUUCAAUCAAAAUCCUAGAAAAUAAUUUCUUCUUAUAAAGUCUUUCGAAAAGACAAGAUUUAAGCUCGAUAAAUAGACACUGGUAUAGUAAUUAUUUCGUAUUGUUAAUUAAUAGCCAAGAUUGCAUCUGAUUGAAUAAAUAAUGAUCAAUGAUUAAAGGGUCAAUUAACCCUUUAAUUUUAAUUGCGAAACGUAAUACUUUGCUCAAUAAAGCUCAAAUUUUGCCGGAAACUCAUCAAAAAUUUAACUCAACGUUGAAUUCAAUUUUUGAACAAUAUUUAACGAUGUUUUGCGAGAAAAUUAUUUGAAAAAAUUCUAUUCAGAUUAACGGAAAAUUUAGAGUUAUUUUGAGACUCUAAUAAAGCAUAAGUGGGGUGUGGAGACAAUGAGAAAAAUCCCCAAAGAUUUAUCCAAAAAUUCCUUCUCCUAUAAGCAUUACAAUGUAUUUGGUACUACCCUCGCAAUUUCCAUUUAUUUACUCAAACUCCCCCUUUGGCCAUAUCGAUUAGAUUUAUUAUGUAUAGAACUUCCCCCUAACUAAUUAAUAGCCGCUGCACCAAAAUCAUUAAAUGGCUCCUUGUACGCCUCCCCCAUCCUCCCUUAAAUCAACUGGUGUCAUCUCCGCAAACAUUCUCGCAACAUUGCCCUCCGAGCCAAGUUAACUUGCAGAUGGUGCCUACUGCAAUUCUUGGGUAAUGAAGGCUCGCAUGAUGUGCAGGUCAAAAGCAGAAAGCUCUCUCUUUCUGGCCUGAGGCUCGUAAAUAAGCGUUAGGGAUGUCUUGCAAUUCCCACGCUAAGUUUUCUUUUCCUUAUACAAUUGUUUUUCAAAGGCUAUCAUGGUCCGUUGUUUUUAUGCACUACAACUUAAGGCAUUUAUGUUCUCUCAUAUAAAAUAUCUCAUAGUACAUCUUUGCUAUGUAUACUUUCAUGUUGAGACAUUUUCUUUUCUUUUUCAUUUGCCAUCUUGUAUAUUUUUGCAAUGUUCUCGCACGGGAGAGUAUAAAUGGGAGAAAGCUGGCAAAAGGUACAUCAAAAUAAUUAUUUCCACGCUGUAAAAUCCAUUUAGUUUCACGAAGGAUGCUAAUCUAUGGCAACGUACAUAUGUACAUUCUGUUAACUCUCUGUUUUCAAUUCUUUCGAAACCUUCGAUCCGAAACAUUUCUGCACGUUAAAUCGGAUGUUAUUGCUUUGAUGUUUUCACAUAGAUAAUUAAUUUUCUCUGGAAUUUGUUUAACAUGCUUUGAUGUUUAGAGCACCUCCUUGCACAUCGUGUGUACUUGUGCUGAAAUUGGUAAACGCAUAAACGCGCAAUUGAGCACUGAGGUUUGCUUAAAACAUUGAAUUAAAUUGGGGGAUUUAAUGGGAUAUCUAUUUCAAAUUCAUAUCAAAUUGAUUGGAUGUUUUUUUUUGCUAUGUAUGUAGGUAGUAAUUUUAUCUAUCUACAUAACAAUUAAAUCGAAAAACAUGUUAUCAAACGGAUUAUGCGAAUUAACCUCGUGGCUGUAUAUUUUGUGAGUUUUAUGCUGAAUAGAGUAAUUCAAAUAUCCGGUGUAGACACGUCCUGUUAAAAUAUUUAUAUAUGUUGUUUUGCUACUUUUUACUCCUUGCCCGCAGAUAUAAACAUAUUAUGUUGUGCUUGUGGAGAAUGAAAUGCUUUAUUAGUUUAUGAAUAGUAAAUAUUGAACUAAGACUUUAAUACCCACAAGAACCACACCGAGAAGUGUGACUAAUUUCUCAAGCUGUUAUGCUAAAUCCAAUCUACUAAUUACCUUCAUGAUUACAUUUUCAAAGAAAUAUAUGGGGCAUUUGCAUAAAAAAUGUAGUUCGUAUUGAAAAAACGCGCAUGAAAGUUUUUUUUCUCUAACCUUUUACACCAAAUUCGUAUUUUAUUAACCCUUUGAGGGCCACACUCAGUCUCUGAAUGCUUUAAGAGGACACUUCUCAACCAAAAUGUGGUCGAUUCUGAUAAAAAUCUUUUCUUUUCUAAAAGUUCUUGUAAGAUUUUUACAGAUGAUAUUUUUAAAUCGUUCUAUUGUCGUUCUAUGUAGGAAAAAGAGAGAAUUUGUUGUUCUAGAAAACAGUCAGAAAGAUUUUCAAACAACCAUGAAAAAGUAGUAUUCCCAUAAGAUUUUUUUCAGAAUAGUAAAUACUUUAUAAUUAACAAUUUGUAAGAAAAGAAAAAAUCUAUAUCAGAAUCUACCCCAAAAAUUAAAAUUUGUAAACCUAUUUCAAGUUUGGAUUUGCAUGUAACCUAAUGUUUUACUAGUCAAAUAAGAACACAUCUAUCAAUCAUCUUUCUGACCUUUCCUAAGCACAGCGCCCCUUUAAAAUAAGCCAGGAUGAACCCUUAUUCAUUAAAUUAAUAUUUCACAACAUUUUCUCCACAAAAUCUCUCGGAUUUCUUGAUAUUUUUCUUUACUCUUUAUUCCAUCUUCUCCUUCUUCCUUAUACCUUUUUAUCUUCUGGGUAUUUGUGAAAUUCUUCAUCAAACUCUCUUUCACGAUUAUAAAAUCAUUGAAGAAUAAUAUUAAAAUGUUACACGAAUUCAAUGUAUUUCACCCAUAACUCUUAAACAUUUCCAACUGUUGUUAGGUAGGUACUGUGGAAAGCAAUUUCCUCGGGAGGUUACGCGAAAAAAUAUUGCAUGCGGAGCCUUUUUGUAUAUAAAGGCAGCAGCAACAUUUUGUUUACCUCCCCGUGCAGAACCCACCACAGACCCACUCAAAAUAGCCUGAAAAUGUUUCUGACAUUAGUACGGUGAAAAGCAUGGAAGUGACGAAGAGAGCGUCUAAAUGGGGAGGAAAAUGUGUGGUGAAGAGGAUAAAAGGUAUACAUAGCACAUCAUUGUAUAUAAUAUCACCUCAAAUUGACCUUUAAUUUUGAGUGACAUUCUUCCAAAUUGCAAAAGGCAUUCUAUUAGAAAGAAUUCAUACAUCAUUUUCCCCCGCGCAGUUGAAUAAUUUUCUCCCCUAUUGUCUCGGAUAUAAAUUUCAUUAUAAAUAGGAAUUAGUUUCCUGGUGAGAAUGGAAUUCGCAUGGUGGUGGUGACGAAUAUUCAAAAGAGGAUUAUUUCAUGGUGAAAAAAAAGGAGAGAAAGAGAGAGUGAGAGAGUACCUUUUGCGGGAGAAUGGAAAGGUGAUUAAUAUCGUGAAAUUUGUAUUGUGAUUCCGAGGUGUUAUUUUUUCUCGUGUGUCACUAUACCACAAUAUUUAUUAGCAUUUAUUCGUAUACCCUCCGCGUGCCAUCGAGAUAAUGUUAAAGAAUUCUUUCCACCCUCACCACGACUCAGUGUCUUGAGGAGAGAGAGAGAGAGUCCUUUUGCACAAAAAGGGGAUACAAAUGGUUUCAACUAAUUAUCACAUUUGUCUAGGAAUACCAAUGAGGGCGUCUCUACUUCCCACACUAAAUCACAUGGAAUUGUUGCGAUAAGAAUGACGAAAACUAUAUUAGAAUACAUGCACUGGAAGACGGAAUUUCUGCUUCAUAAAUUUUGCCUCUUUCUCCCCCCAACAUUACACUACAUAUACUUUCGCCCCCGAAACAAUUUGGUGUGCUGUGGCGCGAGAAAAACCACCCCCACUUACCUACUAUACCCUUCUAUUCUCACAACAAAACAUUUUAAUUGUAUUGUUGUAUUUACUCCUUGAGAUUCCCCAGCAUUUCAAGUGCGUCGUCGUGUUAGCAUUUAACAAAGUCUAUUCAAUUAGAGGGAGAGGUGCAAAAUAGAUUUAGUUAUAUAUGUAUGUACAACAUGUAGUUAUAUAUAUAGGAGGGUGAAGUCUUUUCAUUGUGAAAUCAAGGUAAGGAUGUGGCGACUACUCGCUGCAAACAACAAAUCUCCCCUGUCUGCUCUUUAAUAUUGCUGUUCAAAUUAACUUUACACUGAGGCUCCAGGCUAGAGUUAGCAGUAGCCAAUAAGAAAUCUUUGCUUUGUGAUUUUAUCAGUUAUUUCUAGAACUCCUAGAACUUUUCUCACAGUGUCAAUUUCUCUUUUUAUUCAUUUUCAAUUCGUUUACAAAUUAGGUAUGUUGUAGAUGUGGUCAGUGCACGGUUAAUUCGAAUUCAGAUAGAAUUUUAUGUUGAUUUUUGUUGUUAAAUCUUAAGUAUUUUUUUGUUAAUUUCCGAAAAUCCAAAUGGGAAAGUCUAAAGAUUCUUUGACAAUUUUUUUUAAAUCAUUUUCUAAGUUUAUGUAUAAAAUUCUAAAUAUUGCAGAUUCUAAAUUUAUUAGAAUAUAUUAAAAUUUUUUUUAAGUCUGCUUUAGACAGUAAAUUUCAGCUUUUUUCUCUGAAAAUUUUCAAUAAAAAUCUGUCCAAGAACACAAGAAAGUAUUUUCUCAAAAUCCUUUCCAAAAGUCGUUUUCUUGAUAAAUCUUUUCAGAAAUGUCUGAAGAUCUAAAACUUAAUUUUUAUAAAAUAAAUUUAAAAAAUUAUAAUUUUGGUAAAAAAAAUGGUACCUACUAUUUCUUUUUUAGAAGAAAAUUCAAUUUUUAUCAUCACAUUAUUUAAUUGGUUACUUGGGUUGCUAAGUAAGUUUAUUUAGUUUAAUCUUGGUUAUCUUAGUCUCAAUCUUUGUACGAAUUCACCAGCAUUAUUUGAAGCAGACAUUACUCUUGAGCAGUUUAACAUUUUGAUGAUUCGUGAUAGGUAAUAAUUCAAUGAAUAAUGUGAAGAAAGAAAAAAUUCUCUAAAAAAUUAUUUUAAUUCUUGCUAUCGAAUUUAGAACUGCUCAAAACAGAUAAAAAUUUCCAUUUUACAAAAUCCUAAGGAAAAAAACAUUCUGAAAAAUCCUUCUUGGCUUAUAAUCCUACUAAAAUCCUACACGAACUAAUUUCUAAUUUAAAUUUUCUGAUCUUUCUUUCGUGAUAGAUAUCUGAUUUAUCUAAGCUUUUUACUAAAAUUUCUUUAUUGAAAUAUUCACCUUCUUUUUCUUAAAUUUUCUUAUCGAACAGACUGUAUACUUUCAUCAUCUUUUCACUGCAAAUCUCUACAAAGAAUCACUUUUAGCUAAAUACACGACGAAUGCUAUCCAGCAGUUUGUACUUAUAAAACCAACCGUAAUGUUUCACAUAACGUCUGCUUCUGUUUACGUACCCACCUAAACUUUCCAAGAAAUAUUUAAAAAAAAAAAGUAGAUAAUCUAAUUAUGUAUUUUUUUAAGGAAACAUAGGUGGGUGUACGUGAUGUGACGGGCAUUUCUUUCUAUGCUGCUUGCUGAAUUGUUUGUGUACACAAUGUAAACAAGAGCAAUUUGACUGCGAGAGAACUUAAAUGCGACGUUAUCUGAAAUAUUACUGUGUUCGCACCAUCCUCUUGGGGGGACACCCACCCACUACAUCGACUCCACACAAUUUAUAUUUGUCUACUCACUUUCCUUCCUGCGCGCAUUCUUGCUUUCUUUUUCAAUUUUAAUUUUCAUACUAAAUGACUCAUCUCGCAGAAUCUGACCGAACAUUUUGUUGGAAAUGGCAAAAUAAUUCGAAUGAAUGAAGAUGGGGACAUGGAGCGCGCGUUGUAGCUCUGUGGUGGGGCAAAAAAUGUGAGAGAGACAAAUUGGAGGGAUUUUUGUGAUAAAAAUUAUUAUAGAGCAAACACACGAGGAGUGAAUAAACAGGGAUAACGCAGGAAAUUACACAAGAGUAGGUCUGGUGUAGCAUGCAUGAAAUAUAAUGGAAGAGUAAUUAAAUGUAUACAAAAAGCCCUGACACAUACAUUAGGCUCUAUUUUGUGUUAUAUCACAUAUAUAUCCUUGUGCAUAAUGUCAAAAUGAAUUUGAUGUCAACCAAAAUGUUAUGUUUGAGGAAAAAAAAGUGAGAGACAUACAAAACAUACCACUAGAGGCUAUAUCAGUCGAUCUAUGUUGACAUGAAAAAACCUCCAAAAAAAACCAUGAAAAAUUGCAUGGUUAUUAUAGAUAUAACAAUUUUAUUAAAAAAAAAAAGAAAACUUUUCUUUCGGAGAGACGUACUCGCACGUUGAGAAUAGUGGUGGGAAUUAAUAAAUUUUAAUUAUAUCGUUAAUUAGGUAACGAAAAGGUUAAUCCUAAGUAUAGACUGAAAAUGUAAAUUGAUGAGGAAGUUUUAGCAGAAUUUUUUAUUUAGAAUAUAAUUUAUUUUUGCACACUAUAUGCCUAAGAUUGCCCAAAAAAAUGAAAUAAUUCUAAUUUUGUUAAAAAGGUAAUAAAGAAAAAUUUAAUUCAAUAAAAACAACUUAGAAGAAAAAAUAAAUUAAUGCCAAACCUCGUUGAAUAUGAUAAAGAAAAAGACAAGAACAAAAUAAACGAGAAAGAAAUCAAUGUAAGAUUGUAUAUAAAAUUAAACCCUAAUGGAGGUAUAAGAGUAUGUGGCUGAGACGACAUGUAUAAUGUAAAAGAUGCAUGAUUUUUUUUUAUCAUAAAUUGAUCAAAAAAUCGAUUUGCGGUUAUGUACAUGUAUAUAAGAUGAAGAAUGAUUAAAAGUUAAUGAUUUAUUAUUAAAAA